AUGUCCUUCUUGCGAGGCCAACGCUGGUCAGGAGGCCCAUCGACGCACUUGCCGAGAUAUUUCCCAUUCCUCAGAUGGAUCAGGGAGUACAGAUGGGAAUGGUUUACAGGGGACCUCAUCGGCUCCUUGACCGUAGCAUCCCUAUAUGUCCCGUUGUCUGUAUCUUUCGCCCUUCUGGGCCAUGCUCAUCCGAUCAGUGGCCUCUACUCAUUUGUCAUCAACCCGCUUCUUUAUGCGCUCCUGGGUACUUGUUCUUUGAUGGUGGUCGGGCCUGAAGCGCCGGGCUCUCUACUCGUAGGUACUGUUGUUGCGGCGUCAACCUCGGGCAGCAGCGACGACGAGAACAAUCUUAUCAGCGCACAAAUAGCCGGCACCGUCACUGCGUGUACAGGAGCACUUCUGUUUGUCACAGGGCUGAGCCGGUUCGGGUACGUGGACUCUGUCCUCAGCCGACCUCUUAUGCGUGGCGUCAUUGGCGCCCUCGGGCUCAACGUUCUGAUAGAACAAACAGUGACAGGACUGGGACUUGGAACGUUGGCAAGGGAAGACUCGCAUGUCGCCGGAGGAAGCCCUGCGCAAAAACUCGUCUUCAUCGUGACAAAUGUAGGCCGAGCACAUAUGCUGACCUCCAUUUUGUCAAUCACAAGCUUUGUCGUUGUCAUGACACUCCGCCACUUUAGGGAUUCUCUAGAACGGAGAUCCCGCGCAGUUGCAUACAUUCCAGACAGAUUCGUCGUCGUCGCAACAGCGGGCGUGUUAACAUGGUGGUUACAGUGGCACGAGCAUGGUCUUCAGGUGCUUGGCCACAUCCAAACACCGAAGACCGGUGCUUUGCCUUUCCAUUGGCCCUUUAGUCUACAGCACGUCGAGAUUUCGAGUCUCGUCAUCACAUCUUUUCUGGUUGCUUUGGUCGGACUAUUCGAAUCCUCCUUGACGGCUAAGAGCUUGCGAAAAGCAAGCGAGGGCAGAGCCGCCAUUACCCUUCCCGCCAACGCGGAUCAGGAGCUGAUAGCACUCGGGGUUUCCAACAUCAUUGGUGGCAGCUUUCUUGCAUUGCCUGCUUUCGGCGGGUACGGCAGGAGCAAGUUGAACUUCUCGACAGGUGGAAGAACGCCCAUGAGCAAUGUCCUGCUCAGCAUCAUGACUCUGUUCUGCAUCCUCUUCCUUUUACCGGCAUUCUACUACCUGCCCAGGGGAGUCCUCGCCGCCAUGAUUGCCGUGGUUGGGGUUUCUAUGGUGGAAGAGUGUCCUCACGAGAUCCUGUUCUUCGCGAAGAUACGGGCAUGGCCAGAGCUCGCUCUCAUGGCAGUGGUCUCCGCGGCCACUGUAUUUCACUCCGUCUCCCUGGGCAUGGCGUUAGGCCUAGGCUGGUCGAUCUUGUCACUGUUCAUCAUCGGAGGAUGGCGCACAACCAUUCGCAUCCUUGACUCCCUUUCAUCGGAAGUACCUGCCGAUCCAGAAUUCGCUCAGAUUGCAACACCGUGUCCGACGCGGACAAUCUUCGUCACCGUCUCUGGGCCAUUGACAUUCGUCAACACCAACAAUCUCAAAGACCGCAUCGACGCCCGGAGGCACGCCGAUCCAUCGGAGUCUCGUGUACACCGCUCGCAUUCGUGGCCAGCCGCGACUGAAGAGACGGCUCUCAUAUUCGACAUGCGCCACUGUACCAGAAUCGACGGCUGCGCAAUUCAAGUCCUUGCAGAGAUCGCAGAAGAAUAUACAGUGGAAGAAAGUAAUAGAAUCAUCAUAUGGGAACCGUUGCAGCUACAUGGCAGGGAUCCUAUCCAACAUAAACUUGCACAGAGUGGGACUUUAGAUUUGUGCGGCCAAAAUAUCAGCUUUGUGACCAGCUUGGGCGAGAUUCUGACGGAAUUGAGGGCGGAGCGUCGCCCAGAGUCUCUUUUCGAAUCAAUGGACGUGUAA